UUGGACUGUAUGAGGAAGUUAUAACGUCUCUGACCACAGGGAUCUAAAAACAAAAGUGAAAUACUUUUUGUUGUUGCUAUUUAACGUAACAGCUUCUGAAUGACGGAUUAUUUUGUUUGACAAUUACUAUUUAAGAAUGUCUUAGUCGGAGUGGGCGUGGUCACAGCCGGAACUGACCCCCUUCGAUAUUAGUUAUACUUGCGAUUAAUAGGGAAAGUGAGGAUAAAAGGACAUAUAUCAUACUCAUCACAGGAUUCAAAACUUCCGCAUUACGACUGAAGGGAUGGUGUACCUAUCGCCGACGAUGUGGAUUACAAUUCUAUCGUUUUUGAUACAAGCGAUCGGCAUUGGUGGGAUGUGUAUUGCCAAUUUGAACAAUGUUGCCACAUACCAAGAAGGCUCUGAAGUGGUCUUGCAAUGUAGUAUUACCAGAUGCGUAAAUUAUACCGGUCCAAUUCCACAUCCGGUCACGUGGACCAAGGGCGGUUCAAAAAUAACCAAAGGAGUGACGUCAGAAGCGAUCAAAAACAUUGAUACCCGGAGCAGCCUCACUAUUACUUUUGAUAAAUCGGAUAAUAACCUCGAUAUAAUGUGCAGCUCGCCUGCCGCCAGAUCAGUCUCUAAAAGGUUAAAUGUAACAUACAAGCCAGUGGUCACAAUAACAACAACGACGAACCCCAUCUCAGUUCAGGAAAAUUCCCAAGUUAGCUUGACCUGUACAGCUACACAGAGUAACCCUCCACCGACAUCCUAUCAAUGGACGUUUAAGGGAACUGUCAAGUCUUCGAAACUCCCAGCUGAGGUUUAGUUCAGUUACGAGAGCAGACGAUGGUGAAUACAUAUGCAGUGUUACCAACACUGUCGGGACCUCUACUAAGAGCACAGUGAUCGACGUGACAUAUGCACCGAGUUCUGUGUCACUGUCUCCAAACGAAACGGUCUAUGAGCUGACAGAAGGGAUUGACGAGAUGCCACAAGUGAAUUGUACUGCCGACUGUAACCCGUCGUGUACCUACAACUGGGGCCGUACUCGUCUGAAUGUACUAGAUUUGGGCCUGAUCAGGCGGGCAGAUGCAGGAACUCACACAUGCUUAGCUAGGAAUGGACUAGGAAGAGCCUCAGCGUCCAUUGAAGUGAAAGUCAACUAUCCUCCCGACAUAGCAUUUGUUGGAAAACAGGUGAGGAUGGAGGGGGAAAGACUCCAGUUAUACUGCCGUGUGAGGGGAGUCCCAGCUAAUUAUACCUUUUAUGAAUGGUACCAAGUGUCUCCAUUGGACAAUAAAAGGGUCCAAUCCGGAAACAUGUCCAAGGAGGGAAGGGCACAACUACCUUCCCUCUCAUAUAUACACAAUGGAAUCUACUACUGCUCAGUAUCCAAUGGUGUACCGACGCCAGGGGGCCAGACGAAUAUCACGGGGACAAUCUUGAAUCUAAGAGUAAAUGGUCCCUUCCAUGAUCUCCAGGCCAUGUACACCAAGACGGGAUACGCAGGCGCAGACAUCAAGUUCCUCAUAGACUUCUUCGAAUUUUCAACAGGACAAAUAACCAGGUCGUGGUACAAUGCAUCGUCAGGAGAGGCCGUCAGUCUCGAGCGCGGGAGCAUCACAUUAGAAAACAUCGACUAUCAGACGACGUUCUUCUCAACCAAUGUCACCGUAAAUGGAUACCGUGUCAUAACAACCAUCACCAAUUUGACUGUCUGGGAUUAUGGUAUAUAUGUGCUGCAUUUGGAGAGUUCUGAGCAGACAAGGGUCGUGCAACUCAGGGUUGACAGGGAAAUUGCUACCAGCAAUACUACGAAUGGAUGGUUGAUCUCCACCAUUAUCCUGCUCUUAGUGCUUGCUGGGUGUGGCCUGGUGGUUGGUAUCUGGAUAUACAGACGGGGAAAUUGUAACAAAGGGGCCUUUACAAGAUGUCUGGCAAUAGAGAAAGACAGAACAAGUGAUGAAGAGGACAAUGUGGAUCAGAACAACAGCGAUAAUCAGGCGGUCGAUGCUUCGCAGUAUGACCCAAGUGUCUACACUCCUCUUCAAAUCCAUCGACAACAUUUGCCUGAAAGUCCUUAUAGCAAUCUCCAAAGUCAAUCGGAGCAUACUUACGAGUGCUUAAAGACUAAAAACAAUAGCAGAUCACCUGUAGCCGCUGGGGGUCAAAGUUCAAAUGUCGAUCAAGAAUCACCCUCCGCCAUGAUGGAAGCCGCAAGCUUGUACCAGAACGUUAAUAUUAACACUAACAGUCACCACGGUAACAAAGAGACACGUUUGCCGCCAAAACCAAAGCCCAAGCAAACAAAAACCAGGAAAAAAGCAAAACUACCCAGAGACACUGAAGCUCAUUAUAAUGGGGCCUUUAAGGAACGUGAGGAGAUGUGACGUGAAGACAGGAUCGAUGAUAUCACGAACGGAAUGAUAUUAUAUCAUGUUGAACAGUCUCACAUCAAGGAAAUGCAUCUUCAAUUCGUCCUAGACUCAGAUGAAAAGCACAUCACUCGUAGGACUAGCGUGUGCUAUCUGUAAAAUGGAGAACAGCCUCCUCGUCUGGCGGUGGGGAUUGUUAAAUAACUAACUACAAAUGUUCUGACUGUUUUGUCUCAACGUUCAUGUUAGCUGUAGUGUAACACAACGUUUGAGAACUGGAGGAUAUGUGACCAAGGUUCACUGAUGGAUGAAUUUGACAGUAUUUCCUUAGUCUAUGGAUGAAUUAUCCUGCUCAUCCGCAAUAUCCCAUUACCUCGAUAUUAAUAUUGGCUGUAUAUAUGGCGGAUAAAUAACGUUAAGAUCACAUGAUGUGACGCCAUUUUUAUCAAUAUCAUGAAAAUGCUUCGUUGUGCGCAGCGAAGAUUUUGAGAACAACUGCGUUACACACGGGUGCCAUUCUAUUGAUGUGCCUCCCAGAUAGGAUUGAUAUUGACAAUAAUUACAAUUUAACAAGAGUUUAAAUGUUAACAAAGCAAGUGACAUAAUGCUCUAACCAAGUAUGCCAGUAGAGUAAUGACAUCUAACCUAGUCAUCUUAGCCAACCUCUAUGUUGUCACAUGACUGUUGCCGAGGUUGCAAUGAUUUAAACAUACUUCUUCUAUGCGUUGUUUUCAAUCAGAUUAUUACUUUCAGAGAAUUGAGAGUAGAUGUUUAUAAGCAAAUAUAAAUAUAUGUGGGUAGCUAAAAUGAAAAUUCUACGCUACUUAAGUAUCGUAAUGAGGUUUUACAAAAUUAAUAUUUCACCCCUUUGGGAGUGAGACUAGGGGAUCUCAACCCAAGGAAGAAAUUCUUCAGUUGCCAAAACUUGAGGUUGGCGAGUGUUUAACAGUUAAGGAAUCUGAGAUCCCUUGUCUCACUUCCAUGGGGGUGAAUGAUGAUUUUUCUCCUACCCUGUUUACCUUCGUAUUUAUCUAAUGUUGCCGUUACGUCAAAGCGACAAUGUUGACCUGACGUGAUUGAAUUGCCGACGUGACGUCAUUGUAUUGUUGUCAUGACGUCAUUGUGUUGUUGCCACGGAGUAAUACAUUUGUGGAGCUCGUGAUGCUUGUCACAACCCUAGGCUGAGAUAAGAAAAUCUUACACCGGCAAAAUUGUUGAUGUACUUGUCCAUGAUUUAUUUACGCGACAUUUAGCGGAAAUGAACGUCAUAGUUAACGUCAUUUUCCUGACGCAUCA